ACUGUGGUUUUGUGGACCGCGGGCUUUGCACGACAGGCUCAAUGGAGAUACGUCGGAAGACCUCUGUGGCACCUGAACAAGAUCUGGUUGAGAUUAACUGCAAGGACAUCACUUGUAUCCAGGAUGAAUGGGAUGUCGAAGAGUUUGUCUCAAAAACAUGCAUGGGGAUAUUCCUUCAUCACCAAGCCUUCAAGAUAUUACUGGCCUUCUUCAUCAUUCUCAAUGCAGUCAUUAUUGCUGUGCGAACAUCACCAUCAUUAGAGGAGAAAUACUAUGGAUUCUUCUCUGCUGUAGAUACAAUUGUUCUGGCUUUUCUCAUCUGUGAAGUUCUCCUAAACUGGUGUUAUGGAUUCUCAUUGUACUGGAAGGAUGGAUGGAAUAUCAUCAACUUCUUAAUUGUGGUAUUUCUCUUCAUUGGCUUGCUCAUUCCUGCACUAGAUGACAAGACGAUGUUACACACAUUCAGAGUCAUGAGGCUGAUGCAGGUGUGUACGUUGGUGGGUGGCCUGGCAAGGAUGAUUCAGGUGAUCUUGCAAUCUGCUCCUGACAUGGCGAACAUCAUGAUCCUGCUCUUUACCAUCAUGCUGAUCUUCUCUGUAUUUGGAGUGACCCUCUUUGGAAGUCUUGUCCCAAACCAUUUUGGGAAUCUAGGCACAGCUCUGUACUCCCUCUUCAUCUGCAUAACCCAAGAUGGGUGGGUUAGCAUAUACCAUGACUUUGAAAAUGAAGGCCUUGCCCUGGAAAUAGGUGGGGCCCUCUACUUCUUUAUCUUCAUCACGUUUGGGGCCUUCAUCUUCGCCAAUCUGCUGGUGGCUGUGGUGACGACAAACCUGGAGCAGUCCAUGGCUGCGUACAAUGAGGAGAGACAGUUGCAAGAAGCUCAAACCCUUCUUGCGUUGGCCUACAUCAGGCUGGAUGAUGAUGCAGAUGAUGACUUCCCCAUGAGUCAAUCUGAGCCUGUGCAUAUGAAAGAGGUCAUGCAUGGAACACCUAUGACCCAUCGUCAAGAACUGCUUAGCUUUGGUAAUCUGAGCAGUCUGACCGAAGCUACGUGUGAAGAUCUCUGUGUUGUCUUGGAAGCAAUCCACGAGAAUAUAAAAGAAUACCAGGUGAUCCGAGAUGAGCUCGAACGAAUAGUCCAGGAAGUGAGAUCCAUCAGAUUCAAUAUAGAGCAAGAACAAGAGAUAGUUCUACGAAACAUCCGUGGGGCAAACAUCUCGGAAACAGUGCUUGGCCCCGAUGUCACACAAGGGAAACUGGGUGAUGUUCUGACUGCGCUGAUGAACCUGGAAAAGUCCAGCAUGAUGGAGGCAGAAUACCAGAAGGGAGCAGUGAAAACAGCAGCCAUGCGAGCCCGGCGGCAGUCGCUCAUUACGGCAGGAGGACCUGCAGACAAGAUCAAGAAACGCCGGGAGAGCUUGAUAGCGGGAGAGACGCCUGCAGAUAAGACCCAAAGUCAUCGUCGGUCGAGUCUGACAGGAGGUCCCACAGAGAGGAGCCAGAAGUAUCAGGAGGGCUUGGAAGGAACAUCUUUGGACCAAAAUCAGGGUCAUGAUGGAAGCUCGGCAGGAGGAAAUCCAGAAAGAAGCCAAAGGCAUCAGGAGAGCUCGCCCCAGCAAGAAGGAUCUUCUGUGGGCAGAAGUCCAGAUCAUCAGGCAAAAUUGCACACUGGAAAAUCAGGAGAGUGAGAAGAGACAAGCCAGGGGUCAGGACUUUGGGAAUUACGCAUCAUGGGAAAAGAGGAUCGCUACAGAAGAUGCCAGAAGCCGGUGGCAAUCAGUGGAUUAGCAACCAAAAAGGCUAAAUCAUGUGACUGACAAUAAUGUGGUUAGAAUAAUUUCCAAAAUGGAGACCUUUCAAAACCAGCAGCACUUUGGCAUGUUAAAAAACAUUGGCUGUAAGAAAUUCACCAAGGGAAGGGAGAAAAUUUACCACAGACAUUGAACUCAAGCGACAGCCUUAAUAUUAACACGAUUCCUUGGAUAUGAGUUAUGAAGGAACUCUCCUCUGAGCAGGCAGGAUUUCUCAUGAGUAACUUCCGGAGUUCCUUAUGUGGUUUGGAAAAUUCAAAGUUCUGGCCCAUUCUUUGCAGGCAAAACCAAGAAUGAACACCCAGGAUUUCCGGAUAUGAAGAUAUACCUGUAACAAUGUUCUAAGCCAUUAGUGGCAAAUAUUGUUGAGUCUAGGUUGACGCAUAUGACUUACGUCUGGCCCAAUAGGAAGGAAUGUGGGGAAGAGUACUGUUGCCUUAGGCAACGUUCAUCAUGAAAUUUCGGAUCAUGGGUUCUCUCAUAUACUAGUGUUCUAAUCAAGAGACAUUGGUUUAACCUUCUUCUGGCCUUCUGUAAAGCCACACGCUGGCGCUGUGCCCUGCUCCAGCAACUGCUAUCUCAUCUGGGAUUGCUUUGCAUGCAGCGAGAGGAAGAGGAUUUUGUUUGCUAGUCUGAUAGAGAUGGAGGUAUUCAUAUACGAAUAUC